UUAAUUAAUUAAUUUUAAAAUUUAUAUUUAUACUAUAACUGAGUAUUAAGCUAAUUUUAUAUAAUACAAAGAUAUUUUUAUACUAUUUUUGAGUAUAAAAAUUUGUAUUUAGUCUCCGCAACAUCGACCACUCAUUCCUUUAGAUGCGAUAGCAUAUUUAUUUAUUUAUUUAACGGGAUUGACCCUUAUUAUACAAAAAUAUAGUUAUAGAAAAUGAAACAAAAAAGAAAAACAGUAAUAUAAAAAUAAUAAACAUUAAGAAAAAACAAACAUUUAAACAAAAGUGUAUAAAAUAAAUGUUUAAUUAAAAGAGUGGUCUUCAUCGGCAUUUUUCAUUAAACGUGUAAUUGGCUCAUUAUAAAUAUAAUUAGAAGAACAGAUAGGUAUGAAGUAGGGAGCGUGAUUUCUGGAUUUUCUCUGGGGAACUUUAAAAUUAAUUAGCGCUAAAAGAGAUGGAGAGUCAACUUUACCAUCAAGCAAAUUUUUUAAGAAUUUAGUGCCUAGGGCCUUUCGGCGAACAGCAAGUGAGGGAAGAUUAAGGUAUUCGGCAAUAGGUGAGUAUUAAUGUCAUCCGCAAAAUAAAGCAACUUGCAGUUGAGAAGAGUACGACUAACUCCAUUUAUCGAUUUUACUUUGAAUUCUUUUAUUAUCUUUUACUCGGCUGAGUAUUUUUACCAACCCUUUUUUUACUGUUCUUUCACCCAUUUGAUUCAGGAUUGUAUGGAGGAGCAUGAAUAAUAUCAAUAGUAUUGAUAUCACAAAAAUCAUGAAAUUCAGCUGAGCUAAAUGGAGGACCAUUAUAGCAAACCCAAAUCGAUGGAAACAACUAUUUAAGAAUUCAAUUACUUUACUAGCAUUUGUAAGAUUCAUAACCCAACAUUCAAUCCAUUUACUAUAAUCAGCAACUAAUAACAAUAUUUUAACUUUAUUAAUUUAAUACUCCGACCUUUAAACAUAUGUCAAAACAAACCAGUGCGUGUUACGAGUAACACGCACUGGUUUGUUAUUUCCCAUUUUUUUUUAAACUUAAAAAUAGUAUUUUUGCCUAUCUUCAUAAAUAAUUUUAUUCAUUCGAUAACAAAUUUAGAAUUAGUACAAGAUUGAGUUACGAGUAUUUUAAUAAUAAUUAAAGUUUUUAUUACAAACAUUUUAAAAUACAAGAAAAGAAACUUUUUUUUACUUAUUAGAGACAAAAUAUUUUAAAUAAUAUCUAAAACUGCAAAAAAAGUAAUUCAAAAUAUUGGCUUGGUUGUAUAGAAAUUUGUGUAUAUUCUAAUUUCUCUUAUACGUAACAAAAUAAUCCCAAUUUCAAAAAAGUACAUAAAAAUAUAAAAUUUAGACUAUUCUUGCUGCAAAUGAUUCUCAUUUGGACAUUUUCAAAGAAUUGUCUUUAGAAGAUUAUGAUACGGUUGAAGAACGAAGUAAUCUCAAAAUAACGUAUCUCUCUCAAGAAGAGAAUGAUACACCGAUAUGAAAGAAAAAAUAAUUGGAGAAAUAAAGUCUGAACAAGAUUCCAAUAAACAAAUUAGACUAGUAAAAGAAUUUGGAGAACAUGAUUUGCAUUCAUGUCAUUCGAUGCCUAUAGAAUCAUGUUUAGAAUUUGAUAUAGUGUCAACUUUAGAUUGGUCAAAAUCUGUAUUGGAUGAUACAAAGUUAUACUCGCAAGAUAAUAUUAUGGAUGGACAUCAUGGAACUCAUGUUGAUGAUAGACCAAAAUUAUAUAUGCUAGAAAAUAUGCCUCAACUAAAAUUGAUAAAUGAUUAUAAUUAUAACACGAGAAUACUGCACUCUCGAAAAGAUUAUUUUUGCAUGACAAGAGUUGUAGAUGAACAUAUCAUAAGGUCUAUAGAAAAUAAAAUGACUAAAUAUUAUAGACAGACUUAUAUUCAAAAUUGCAAUUAUAAACCACGAAAAAAUGAUCUUUGUGCAACUAAAUAUGGAGUUGGCAGAUGGUAUAGAGCAAUUUGUAUUUCUGUUGAAGAUAAUGAGAAUGGGGAACAGAUGUAUGUAAUUAAUUUACUUGAUUGGGGAGAAUCAUUUACUGUGAAAGCUUGUGAAUUACGUAGAUUGGAGAUGUGUUUUAUAAAACAUCCACCUUUGGCAGUUAAAUAUACCAUAUUAGAUUUCAAGUUAUCAAAUGCACAUAAAAUAAUAUGCGUAAACUAAACAAUAAUACUUAUAGGUGUACCAUACAUUCCAAACUUGGCGAUAAUAACUAUGUAAUAUCAUCAAGAACAAUUCUAAACAUAUUAAAUAAUCAAAAAAAUUACUUAUAUUUUCUUAGUUGACUUAAUUUGUAUUUAGAAAUUAUUUUUUGC